AUGUCGCAAUUGAUAAAUACCACGGAAAAACAAGUGACGGAUAGUGAAAAUAAGCUCGAAGAUGAACAGGAUAAAUCCACUAUGCGGACUUUUUUUAGAAGACGAUGGCAAUUGUGCGCUAAAUCUCUGGAACUGAUUCUGUGCAUCUUAUGUAUUGGAUUGAUAAUGGAACCUGUAAAGAAAAGCGAUACGGCGAGAGUGCCUUUGCACCACCUGGCACUAAUUUUUCCAACUUUUAUCGGAUACCUUCUAAUAGUUUUGCUUUGUUUGCUAGCGAAAAUACUUGGUGAUAAAAUUCCAUACAGGACUGGAUUUAUCUUCUCAGUAGUCGCGUCAUGUCUGUUUUUCGUCUCAGGAAUAUUGCUGGCAGUGGACAGGAGAAAGCCCUUCAUGGAUUUCCAGCCUUUGCCCUACGUGUUUAAAUUAUUAGCUUCUUCUGCCGCUUUUUCAUUUGUUACGGCCAUUAUUUUUUCUGUUGAAGCUGUUUAUGUUUGGAAAUUUAGGGAAGAUUUUUAA